AUGAAGGUCUAUGAGGGCAAUACCGACCCCCGACACUUUUUGACGUCAUUCGGCAUCUGCAUGAAACGAUACCAAUUCAGAACCGCCGAGGAGAGAGAUGCGGUCCAGUGCCAAUUGUUUGUGGAAAGCCUGGGGGGAAUAGCCCUCGAUUGGUUCUCGCGACUCGAGGCGAACUCGAUCGACAGCUACAAGGAAUUGACAACAGCCUUCGUCAAACACUUCUCGAUGUUCAUCGGGCAGAACACCAAGAACUCCGAGCUAUGGCAAAUAACUCAGAGAGCAAGCGAGAGUCUUCGCGAUUUCAUCCAGCGCUUCAAAACGAUUGUCGCCAAUUGCACGAUCAGCGACGAAGCCGCCCUUCUUUGUCUCCAGAAAGGAGCUCGGAUAAAGACUAGCUUCCGUAGCGCGCUCACGCACAACCCCCCUCAGACAUUGGAAGAUGCGUCACACCGAGCUAACACUUAUAUCGUCGAAGAAGAAGAAGAAGCCGCCUACGAGCAAAGCUAUUCGGCGAAGCAACCCGAACGUUCGAAAGCAACAACUAGUGAACCGCAGUCAGGAUACGGUCGAGGGUAUGAGAAUCGCAAGAAGUUCUACGCUAAUGCAAUCCAACAACCGAACAAACAGUGGAAUAAUAAAUGGGUCCGCGGUGAAGAAGAUCAAGACGAAUCAUUGUUCUGCGAGUUCCAUAACCGCAGAGGCCAUAGCACCGAAGAAUGCAGACAUCUGCGGGAAUACUUGCUCGGCCAAUAUCGAAAGGUGCCGAUCUCGGUUGACGACCUCCGACGCUCGAACGCGCCUAAGAGCGGCGGGCAAGUGUCGAUCGAUGAUCUCCGUCGUUCGCACAUGCCCCGACCAAACAACGAACAACUUGAAAAAGCCCUAACCAAAGACCCACAAACUCCGCCGGCUUUACCGACGUUGCCACCACCACCACCGAAUCCGCCUGCUUUGCCCGAGCAACAAAAACGGAAUCGUGAUGACUGA